CUUCCCCUGUUGGAGUCAGGGUGUGUGCACGCUUAUUUUCACAGUUGGCCGGCGAAGCGGAGAUGGUUGUUUCAGAGAUGUCCUGGCUUGCUGUCGCUCUCUGACAGCUGCUGUCAUGCAGCCAGCAGCUUUAAACAUUUGAUGACAGCUUGAUUUCUUUUUUGUCUUUUGGGGAAUCGGAGGCAAUUAAAAAGACACGCAUCUGCUGGAAAUGAACGCCACAAGGCUGGAGACACAAAAAUAACACAUGAUUUGAAGGUUUAAAGGGGUUUUAUUAGGAUUACUUUCAGAAUCAUGAUCAAGAUAAAUAAUAACUUAAAGUAGAAGUAGCUCUGAUGAAUAAAGAGCUGAAUAAGAUGAAUAAAAGGUUAAAAACAGCAUUAAAGAUGUAAACUAGCUACUAGAAUGAAUAAGGAAAUAUAUCGCCUCAAAGCCAUUUAAGCUUGAUUAACAGCUUUUUAUUAUGUUAAACACUAAUCGUCAGAGGUGACCAAGAUCCCUUAACGGGAUAUUUAGAAGUGAUUUUGUGUGAAAGUGAAAUAAUUUUUACCUUUUACUUCUUGAACAGCCUCUGUUUAGAGAAACCUUCUCUACAUCCCUCAUGACUGAUGAGCUAACGGCUAGGUUGAGUGCAACCAAAUGGCUCCAAUCUUAAAAAUUUCACGUUUCUGUGAUUUUUAAAACACGAUCAUGGAAACAAAAUAAAGUGAAGACAUUUAUGUUGUUAAUUUGUUGGUGCUUCCUGUUCGUAUAAAGUUGGUCGUUUGAUUUAUGAGACGUGUGUAUUUUGUUCUUGGAUUAAUUUAAAGGAGUAGACCUGAGAGGUUUAGCUCAUGUAUUCCAGUUAGUUCUGUAGUUUGAACAACUUUAGCUUUAGGAAACAUGAUUUUGCUGCUGUUUGAUGAUGCACAUGGUAUCAUCAAACAGCGUUGCAGUCGUGUCACCAGGAGGAUGGGUUUAAUCUCAGACUAGAGAUUAAACUCGAGCAAACUAAGAGUCCUGCUGGUGCAGCCUUUCAGGCAGGCUAAAGGACAGACAGAUGAAUAGGAAACAUUAUCCCUCUCACCAGCGGACCACACCUUCUGUAGAUCGAGUAAUGUGUCAUUCUCACUCGCAGGUUUAGAGGCAGACAGACCAGGUGAGCCGGGGCUCAUUCAGAAGAGCCAGGGUCACAGUCCAACAGCAUCGAUGACUCGCUGAGCUGCAGAUCUCAACGACUUCAUCUCUGCCCUGCAGCGACACUCCUACCCAUCAUCCUCUCCCAUCCCUCUUCUCCUCCGUCGCCUCCCCCUCUCUCCCACCUCCCCCUUCUCAUCCCCCGUUCACCCUCCUCGGCCUCCAAGAUAGAUUCCCUCAGGAGCAAGGUUGACCUGCUCAAGCUGCCUCUGGCUCUCUCCACCAAGUCCAUCUCUGACCGCAAGAGCCAGCUGAGGGAAGUGGGCGAUCAGCACGGCACGGCGGGAGGAGGAGGCGGGGCUCGUAAAGCCCACUCGCCGCUGACCCGAGACAUGGACAACGAGUCACAGUACUCGGGCUACUCCUACAAGUCGUCCCACUCGCGGAGCUCCCGCAAGCACAGGGACCGGAGGGAUCGCCACCGCUCGAAGAGUCGAGACAGCAGCAGCCGUGGAGACAAAUCAGUCACCAUACAGACGCCUGGAGAACCGCUCCUGGAUGCCGAGUCGACCCGAGGAGAUGAACGGGAUGAUAACUGGGGGGAAACCACGACCGUCGUCACUGGAACCUCCGAGCACAGCAUCUCCAACGAGGACCUGACUCGCCUCACCAAGGAUUUGGAGGAGACCACUCCAUUGGAGUGCAAGCGCUUCAUCGGGCCGGCACUCGGAGGCUGCCUGAGUUUCUUCGCUCUGGUCACGCCUCUAGCCUUCCUCAUCCUCCCGCAGGUCCUGUGGCGUGAUGCCCUCGAGUCCUGCGGGACGCCCUGCGAAGGCCUCUACGUGUCCCUCGCCUUUAAGCUCCUGGUACUGCUCAUCUCCUCUUGGGCGCUGUUCCUCCGGCCUCCACAUGCCACCUUCCCACGUUUCUUCGUCUUCCGUUGCCUGCUGAUGGUGCUGGUGUUCCUGUUUGUGGCGUCUUACUGGUUGUUCUACGGCGUGCGGGUGCUGGAGCCCAGGGAGAGGGACUACAGGGGGAUCGUGGAGUACGCUGCCUCGCUGGUGGACGCCCUGCUCUUCAUCCAGUACCUGGCUCUGGUUCUGCUGGAGGUCCGACACCUGCAGCCGGCCUUCUGCCUUAAGGUGGUCCGGAGCACGGAUGGAGCCAGCAAGUUCUACAACAUUGGCCACCUCAGCAUCCAACGUGCAGCUGUCUGGGUGUUGGAUCGUUACUACAGCGACUUCCCUGUCUACAAUCCUGCCACCCUCAACCUUCCCAAGUCCAUCCUGUCCAAGAAGAUGACCGGAUUCAAGGUUUACUCCCUGGACGAAAACACCACUAAUAACUCCACGGGCCAAUCCCGGGCCAUGAUAGCAGCCGCUGCCAGGAGGAGAGACAACUCCCACAACGAAUAUUACUACGAGGAGGCGGAGAUGGAGCGCAGGGUCCGCAAACGCAAGGCCAGGCUGGUUGUGGCCGUGGAGGAGGCCUUCACACACAUCAAGCGUCUCCACGAAGACGAGGCUGCCUCGUCUCCGAAACACCCCAGAGAGGUGAUGGACCCCCGGGAGGCAGCUCAGGCAAUCUUUGCCCCGAUGGCUCGGGCCAUGCAAAAAUACCUCAGAACCACACGGCAGCAGGGCUUCCACAGCAUGGAGAGCAUCCUCACACACCUGCAGUUCUGCAUCACACACAACAUGACGCCAAAGGCCUUCCUGGAGCGAUACCUGACCUCCGGUCCCACCAUGCAGUACCAGCAGCAGAACGGCAGGGGGCGCCAGUGGACUCUGGUGAGCGAGGAGCCCGUGACCUCAGCUCUACGUCAGGGUUUGGUCUUCUCACUGCGACGCCUGGACUUCUCCCUGGUUGUCACGGUGACACCUCUCCCCUUCCUCCGGCUUGGGGAGGAAUUCAUCGACCCAAAGAGCCACAAGUUUGUCAUGAGGCUGCAGUCGGAGACCUCGGUGUGAGGCGAGGACAUCCUCAGAUGUUAUCGUGUCAAACUGUGAUCGGCUUGAUGAUUUUUCAAACUCUGGAAACGGACAGAGGGCUCGACGUUUUCAUCAAACGCUGUUCAAAAUUUUAAAAGUCCUAAAGGGGGCUUUAAAUCAGCUUUUUAUUUUGCUGUAGCCACUGAACAUUGUUGCUGUGCUGACUCAACACAAACAUCAGAGGAAGUGGAGGUUACAUCAUAGCUGUCACUUCCUGUUUCAGACUGGAGCUCGGCCCAACCUGCGGCGCUGACGCGUUGCUGCUUUCUGCCUCUCCUUCUGUGUUCUUUCCUUUUUUUAUCAACACAAACCUGGUUUUAUAUCCGAGACAGACUUCAUUUUCCACCUACAGAAUGUAGCAUUAUGUGCUGUGAGUCAUUUUUUAUGUGAUUGUAAAGAAGAAAGGAUUUUACAUUCCUUAACUUUUUGCUACUCCAGACUCGUGAUGGGUUUUUAAACAUGCAGCUUUCGGUAAAUUACAAUGGCGUUAUUAGUUUUUGCUCAUAGGAUCCGUAUUAGCAGGAACACGACACAUUUUCAGCUGGUAUUUAUGUAAUGUUUUCAUUUUAUUUAGAUAAAGAUUAGAAAAUCUAACCUGGUUUGUUCAGUAUUUUCUUAUUGUUAACAAAUCCUUCCAAGUAAAUAAGCAUUACCCAAAAAUUUUCUCUAAAAUUGCACAAAAAUUUUAAGUUAUCUGGUUACUAGAGGCUAUUCAUAGCUGCCGAGUCGAACUCUAAAUUAAUAGAAUGGAGGAGUAAUCUAAAUUGGGCUGUAAAGGCACAAGAGAACUUGACAGAAUUGCUCUUGAGUGGAAAUUGUUGACUGUAUGAAAAUAAAACAAAACAGUUUAAUGCAAAAAAACAACAACCAAUCUGCUCGACAUGAAUCUUGCUGCUAUUUAAAGCAAAUAAAAAGCUUCAGAAUGCUGCAAAAAAAAGUUAAUUUUUUAAAACCACAUGUAUCAUUUAAACCUGCUGCACAUCCCUCUGCUGUGCUGCAGCCCUGCAUCUGUAGCCCCGCCUCCUUCAGAUGAAUAUCCAGAAGCAGAGCUCCGAUUCGACUUUUAGUUUUUUCUCUUUUGUUUCACUGUUAGAGGAAUUGGAUGUUUCCACCCUAAAUAAAAACAUCCUGAUCCAAGCUAUUAAGUUUUGCUUAAAGGAAUGAAGUUUUUGUUUUGGAGGAAGUUUUGAAAACUCUGUUCCAUUUUUGGGCCAUUUUGCUGUUUUUUCAUUAUUUAAAUAUGAAAUAUCAGCAAUAGGGUGUCCUUACUGAAAAAUAUGAUCAAUCACACAAUUUUAUAGGUUUUAAGGUCAUAAAAUCUGAUGCUUUUAAUAAUUUCUUUGAUUUUGGUUUUGUCAGAAGUAUGCAAGAAAUCAUGAGGAAAAGACGGUCCAGAAAACUUUUGAACCUAAAUCCUUGUUUUGAAAAUAAGAUGCGGCCGACCAGUGCUAUUUAAGUUUUCUAACUAAAAAACAUUUUCUGUCUGAAAACAUCUUUGUUAGAUUUAAACAUCUUCAGUAUGUAUGAAGUUAAAAUGUCAUUGUUGAAGGGCUAAAUCUAUGGCUAUAAUUUAAACCGACAGCAGUAAACGGUUGUUAAACAAUUCUAUACGAAGAAAUCAGCCCUGCUUCAGCUGCUUUGCAUCAUCCGGUCACUCACUUGAACCUGUUUUAUAUUUAAUGCAAAAAAAUUCCCAAACCAGACAUCUGAUUGUAACUUUCUGCAGCAGCAGCUGACUUCUUUGGCCUUAUUCUGCAGACGUGGAGGAGCAUCAGACUCCUGUUUCUGCUGGUUGAAACACUCCCAGGGUGUUGAUAUGUGAGGAAAUUUGUUGCAUUAAUCCCACAACUCGACUGUUUAACUCACUCCAGUGGAUGUGGUUUAAAAAACUGAAAGAAUGUCCCUUGCAUGUCUGAAACGUCAAACCCAAAGCGUGUUCUCAUCUGGCGGAUCACCAUUUUUUAAAAAGAAAUCAUGCACGGACUCAUUUUUGGGCUCAGAAUAGUUUGUUUUUUAAAUAACUAGUUUUCUAUCAUUUUAAGGUGCCUAAGUUAUGACGAUGCAAAUGUUUCUGAAUGUUUUUACCUAAAGAAAAAGAAAAGUGGUUUGUAAAUGACACGAAAUGUAGAUAUGUGUUCCUCCUGUUUUGUAACUGUAGCUUGUUUAGUGUGUUAGUCAUUUUUCUAUCAUUAAACCAUUUAUUCCCUA